AUGUCCGCUGUUGCUCGCUCCAUUCGCCCCUUUGCUUCCCGGGCCCUUGCCCAGAAGCCUCUCGCUUCCGCCUGCCGUGCUGCGCCUGCUUUCCGCUUCCCGCGGGGAACCCGGAGCUUCUCGCAGAGCCCUCUGGCUCAGGUGAAGAAAUAUACCGAGUCGCACGAAUGGAUCGAGCUCGCUGAGGGCAGCAACACUGCCAAGAUUGGCAUCACCGAGUACGCCGCCAAAUCCCUUGGCGACGUUGUCUUCGUUGAGCUCCCGGAGGUCGACCUCGAGGUCAGCGCCGGUGAGCCUGUCGGUGCCGUUGAGUCCGUCAAGUCUGCCUCCGAUGUGUUGUCUCCCGUGGCUGGUAAGGUCAUCCGUGGCAACAGCAUCUUGGAGGACACUGCCAAGACCAUCAAUGCCAGCCCCGAGGGCGAGGGCUGGAUUGCUGAGAUCGAGGUUGCUGAUGCUGCGGAGCUUAAUGAUCUGUUGGACGAGGCUGCCUACAACGCGACCAUCGACCACUAG